AUGAAGGCCUUCACUCCUCUCGGCUUGGCUCCUGUCGUCAUUGCUCCGCUGCUGUGGUUCUCCAGUCUCCCUACCCUCGUCACGGCUCGCCCUGCCGUCGCUAUCGUCGACCCUCUCUCUGUCACUAUCACUGCCCCUGUCGCCGCUGCCGGGGCCUCCGUGGCCGUGGUCGGCCCGACCGCCAUCUCGCUGAGUGAUCGGGGAGUUGGGCCCGAGAACGCACGGGAGCUUGAAAUUGAGUUGGACCAACAUCACAACUUGACCUCUACACAAGAACGCAGGGAGCUUCAAAUUGAGUUGGCCCAACAUCACAACUUGACCUCUACACAAAAACGCAGUGUAGAAGACGGCACCGAUGAAGAAGACUACGAGGACGACGAAGACGACGAAGACGACGACGAAGACUACGAAGACGAAGACGACGAAGACGAAGACGACGAAGAUGGAGCCGACUACAUCAAGGAUCUCGCCAAGGAUUGGCCCAAAGUGAUGAAAUUCUUCAUGGGAGAUGCCGAUGAUCAUCCCGUCGCCCCCGCUUCCGGUGCUCAGGGUUCUCCUCAGCCUCUUGAUGCGGCCGCUCACGCCUCCGACGAGGACUUCGACGCGGCCGAGGUGGACAGCAUGUUUAACAUGACGCAGCUUCCCUCAACCGCAAACGUGCUCUUCAUCAGCCCCAAACUAGGCCGCUCAACCCACAAGUUCCUGAUCGACCUGAUGAGCCACCUCAACCAGAUCGACUUUGAUGGAAAGACCAUCCCGGCUAUUCUGCAGAAUCCACCUGCCUGGGCGACCGCGCAUGAGACCAUGCACGAGGCUGAGACUGAGACCGAGCCACCCACGGCCGAAACGGACGACCAAGACAACGCAGAGGCAGAGGCGGCAGUCAACAAGAGAUGGGUGGUGCCGGCGACAGCAUCCGGGCUUACCACCAUGGGCAAGAGUGGCUCUAAGUGA